AUGACUCCAUCCACGCCAACGAAUACACCGGUUCCUGAAGAAGUGGAGGAGAUGGAAGCUGAAGACGGGGGUGGGGGCGAAACUGACUCUAAUGCAAAUUUCAACUUCCCUGCGGCUGCCGAAUUACGACAGAAGUCAAACCCAAGGCUGAAAUGGAUUCCUCUGACGUCGGUUGGUUGUGAGUCAAGACAAGCGCCCCUGCAGCGUUUGUCAGAGAAGAAACCGGAAUGGAAGGGCUUUCGAAUCGGUUACAAGAAAACUCGACCACUUCGUAGAUGA